CGCUUGGUGAGUGUUUUUCCGUGUUCUUGUGACAAGUUUCACCUGAAUAACCAACAAAAAAGUCGAAAAUUAGAGCUAUGAAUAGGUAUCAGAAAAAAAUUGGAACUUAUGAUAAGCAGCAAUGGGAGAAGACAGUGGAACAGAGAAUUCUCAAUGGAUUCAUUCAGGUACCACUAAAGAAUACCAAAGUCAAGACAGAGCUUAUAGAUGUGGAUUUAGUGAGGGGCUCGUCAUUUCCCAAAGCAAAGCCCAAGCAGAGUCUACUUACUGUGCUUCGGUUGGCAAUUCUCAGACUCAUCUUUUUGCCACUCUAUGCCAAAUGGUGGGUGGAACAGACGUCACCCAGGGUAUUUGCUUCCCUGCUGGGACUCUAUCUUCUGCAGAUGUUCAAUUGGGCAGUUUUCAGUUUUCAUGUAAAUCACAAAGACAGUUCUGGUACUGAACACAUUGUCCAUACAUCUGAAUUGUUUAUUACAAUGGCCCUCAGUCUUAUGCUGAGUGUCAUCCAUUCCCAAAUUGUGGCGACAGCUGCAAGUAGUGGAUCUGGUGAUAAACGAAAACGACUGCUACAUCCUAAGCGGAAAGUUCGUGAUAGAAUUCGCCGGAAGAAAAAGAUUGUGAGGGUACGUACUUCGACAGAAAAUCAGGAAGUUCACACAAAAACGUGUUUGAACAGUGUGCCAUCAAUGGAGGCUCCUGUAAAUGUUCUCCGGAAGAGAAAUGUAAACUGGGAUUCUCCAAUUAAGAGCCAAGUUUUGCUGCCAGUUGAAGUGUCUGAAGACAAUGAUGAAACUCCUCGAGCUUCGGGAGAUUGUGAAGUAUUCGCGGAUGCGGAUGAAAAUGUGGGUGAUGUCCAGAUGAGACGUCCAGAAGAAAAUGUUGAAGCCAAUCGCGAAGAAGGUAAUCCUCAGAGGGUGAGAAAUGAGCAAACAGGAGAAGAUGAUGGAUUUGAGAGUUUCAAUGGAAAGAGUUCAAGUGGUGAAGAUAAUUCACCAACUUCCUCACCAGUAGUUCCAUCUACUCUUAAAGCACCAACUUUUCGCAAUUCCUGGGUUAAGGAUGUACUCGAGAGAGUUGGUAAGAAUUCAGAUAGUGAUACUGAUACAGUUAAGGGUAUUUCUCAGCGGAGGAAUUCAGUGAAUCUCCGCUUGAAUCUCAAGAAACCACCACCAUCACCGGAGUCUGAAUUUGAUUUUUGGGGCAAGGGUGGCAAAAAACUACCCUUGCAGACCAAAGCCGGAUCAUCUGGAAAGAUUAAGCAAGACAGUAGUGAUACAGAUGAGGACGGGGAGGAUGAUGGAGAGACUGCUUCAACUCCAGGCACUUGCUCUAAUCUUACCUUCAAUGAACUUACAACGUCAGCUACUGAAUGGAUUGGAGUGACGACUAACAGCGAAGAAUGCAGCUAUAGUUCAGAAAUUGAUCAGUCAGACUCACAGAAUGAAUAUUCAGAGACGCUGGAGUGCGAUUUCACGCCCACAGUUAUCCUUAAUCCCACCUGUGGAGCUAAUGACAGAAUUAGCUGUACAAUCUGGGAUCGUCGUGAUGCCAAAAAAGCCGAAAUGUCCGUUCUCGACAUCUCAUCGGCGAUUAUUGAGCGUGUGGAAGCAAUGCCUGAGACAUGCGAUUACGUCUACAUAGGUGUGGUGUUCAGCAUUGCUUUAUCGCUCAUACCGGCUGUCUAUCGAAUCUGCGAGGCAACAAUUGAUUCCAAUAAUUCCACCGAACUGAACUUUUUGGACGUUCCAGUACUUCUGAUGGAGACUAGCUCGGAUUUUUUCUCCCUGACACUCUUUAAACUGGCUUUUGGAGAGACACAGUGGGAGAAGACGGUUCUGAUAGUGAAUCUUAUUCAACGCAUCUGUCUGACUUAUCUAUUUUUCUUUCUUUUGGCUGUUGCCGAGAGGACAUUUAAGCAGAGAUUUCUGUAUGCUAAACUCUUCUCGCAUUUGACAAGCUCAAGAAGAGCCAGGAAAUCUGAGUUGCCACACUUUCGACUCAAUAAAGUGAGAAACAUUAAAACAUGGCUGAGUGUGAGAUCAUACUUGAAGCGUCGUGGACCACAGAGAUCUGUUGAUGUGAUCGUGUCUGCUGCAUUUAUACUAACAUUGCUGUUGCUGGCGUUCCUGAGCGUUGAGUGGCUCAAGGAUUCACCUCAUUUGCACACUCACUAUAACAUUGAGGCGCUGAUUUGGUCUAGUGCUUUAGGUACCUAUCUUCUACGAUUCAUGACACUAGGGACGAAGAUCAACAGGAAAUACAGGAGUAUUUCAGUGUUGAUAACUGAACAGAUUAAUUUAUACCUUCAGAUUGAGCAGAAACCUAACAAGAAGGAAGAACUGAUGGUAGCCAAUAGUGUUUUGAAAUUAGCUGCUGAUCUGCUAAAGGAACUCGAAUCGCCUUUCAAGAUAUCUGGGCUAAGUGCUAAUCCACUCCUUUAUACCACAGUUAAGGUGGUAAUUUUGUCGGCGCUCUCAGGCGUUCUCAGUGAGAUUCUGGGCUUCAAGCUCAAACUCCACAAAAUCAAGAUUAAGUAGAAAACCUGCCCGUGGCUUUGUGAAUCUCCCCAUAUCAGUCUGUGAAAAGUUUCUAUGAAAUUUUCAUGUUAAUAUAUUUUUUUUAAAUAUGUAUUUCCUUAGGAAAAUAUAAAUAUUUAUUUUCAACCAAA